AACGACUGGCUAUAACUUUCCAGGCACAUGGAAAUCCUCCAUUGAACCUUGCAAGUGGAGCUCGGUGAGUUACUUAUAUAGCCAUUUCAAUUCCGCCGAGUUUUUUUCCUUUCCUUUCUUUCUUCUGUUGUCUAUAACAUAUUAUCAUCGUCUCCGUUUCCUGUAAGGGUAGGAGAAUAUAUCUAGCAAAAUGGAUAACCUUCUGCUUCACCCGUUUCUAUUUCUAUACCAGUUAUUUCAAUGGAUAGCUGAUAAGCUUCUGUCCCCAACUCCCCCGCCGCCGAAUUCUAAACUGAGCCGCCCACGUAUCGCCAUUAUUGGCGCAGGUAUCACCGGAGUGUCCAGCGCGGCUCACUGUAUCGGUCAUGGGUUCGACGUCCAGCUUUUUGAGAAGGAGGGACGAGACGGACUUGGAGGAAUUUGGAGUAGAGUGAACAAUACCUCUGGCCUCCAGAUCCAUUCGAUGAUGUACCGCUUCCACCCGUCUGUUCAAUGGGCUCGCGGAUACCCAAACAAAGAACAAAUUGUCGAGCAAGUAACUGAGCUCUGGAAACGCUAUGGCCUUGACUCACGUACCACCUUCAACACUUCAGUCGACAAGGUGACCCAGGACUCAGAGGGACGCUGGAUCGUCAACAGCGAAUCUAACGGCAAAUUUGAUGGUAUCAUCGCCGCUGUGGGCACUUGUGGAGACCCCAGCACCCCGCGCAUCAACAACCAGCAAGCCUUCAAGGGCGAAGUCUACCACAGCAGCCAAUUGACCGGCAAGGAAGCCAAGGGCAAGAAAGUUGUUAUCAUUGGCGGAGGCGCCUCUGCUGUUGAAGCUCUCGAGUUCGCCACAAACUCCCACGCAGAGCACACCACAAUUCUCGCUCGCAGCGACAAAUGGAUCAUUCCCCGUAACCCAAUCGUCAAUGUCCUCCUCUCCUUCAACAUCUUCGGCCAGGAGACCUUCCUCAGCUUCAUCCCCGAAUUCCUGCUCCGCAAAUUCUUCUACCGUGACCUCUCAGACCUGGCCCCAACCGACAAGGGCAUCUUCGAAGGAACACCCAUGGUCAACUCCGACAUCUUUGACCUGAUCCGCUCCGGCGACGCCGAGUGGCUCCGCGGCGACAUCCUCUCCUUCACCGAGAACGGCCUGAAAUUCAACCAGCGCGCUAAGGGCGUUCCAAAGCGUGGCCCAGGAAAGACUGUCAACGUCGACGCCGACAUCGUCAUCCUCGCAACCGGCUUCGACCGCCCCUCUCUCUCCUUCCUUCCGAGCGAAACCUUCGAGGCCCCCUACGGACCCCCCAACUGGUACCUCCAGACCUUCCCGCCCCAGCACCCGAGCGUCUGCGCCACGAACUGCACGUACAUCAACGCCAUCGGCUCCGUGGGCAACUGGCACAUCGGAAUCUACACCCGCAUCCUGUUGAUGUUCCUCCUGGAUCCGAUGACGCGACCGCGCCCGUGGUGGACAAAGUGCUGGAUCGAUAUGACGAGGCUGCUGAAGCAUUUCAGCCCGACGGGAGCGUUUGACUUCUUCACGUAUCUUGAGCUGGUGUGGUGGUUUGUGUUCUGUGUUGCUAUUAACCCGUUCCGCUGGAAGUGGGCCUUGUUUGUGUUCUUUGGAAUUGGGCGAGAGGGACCAGUUGGCGUUGUGGAGGUGGAGGAUAGGGUGAGGGAGAAGUUGGGGUUGACGAAUGGUGUUAAGGGCAGGGAUGAGGGGAUGGGAAUUUGAGAGUUUGAUGAAGAAAAGUGACUUGCCGAAGAGAUUGGGACGGAGAGUGGUGUAUUGGAAGGCGUCGACUGGUUAUGAUUGAUGGACGAAAGGGAGGUGUAAAAAAGUAAUGCGGGGUUUAUGGCUCCAGGGAUGAAGUCUGCUAUUUACGGCCUGCCAUAUAUCACAUAUAGAGUAGAAGAGCUGAAUCAAAUAUAAACACUAAAAUGAUU